UUUGCAUCUCUCAUACCAUCACUGCAAUGUUGGCCAAUAGAAAGCUAAAGUCACCCAAAAACUGCCUAGUCCCUCCUUCCCUUCCCUUAUGGUCUGGUCCUACCUGCCUCCAGUGCACAAGUCAAGGCUACUCGCGGGAAUGCUAUGUGCCCCCUCCAUGAGCCCACGCUCCACCACUGCUCCAGGUUGGCUGCUCCUCACCUACUUUUCCAUGACCCUGGCCUCCGGCCACUGCCCCGCUCCCCGCCGCAAUGUUUCCUAGCCCUGUGACAACGACACCCUUCUCAGUCAAGGAUAUUUUGAACCUGGAACAGCAUCAGAGCGGCCUGGCCUCUAUGGAGCUCUCCUCGCUGUCCUCCCCGUCCUGCAUGCUGGCCACCUUCAAGCAGGAGACGUACAGCGCCGAGCCCCCGGCCCUGCCCGACCUGCGGGAGGAGCUGCCCGAGGCACCCCCGGCCAAGGCUGCCACCACCUUCCCUGGCUCCUACUAUGUGAAAAGCUACGUGGAAAUGGACUCGGCCAAGGACACCAAGGUGGACAAGAAAGAACUGUGUUCCCUGCACAAGAGCCUGGAGCAGGAGAAGAGAGACCUUGAAGAUCCCGAGCGCCCCAGACAGAGGAAAAGGAGGAAACCUCGCGUCCUCUUUUCUCAAGCCCAAGUCUACGAACUGGAGAGAAGGUUCAAGCAGCAGAAAUACCUCUCUGCUCCCGAGAGAGACCAUCUAGCCAACGUCCUAAAGCUCACCUCCACCCAGGUGAAAAUUUGGUUCCAGAAUCGAAGGUAUAAAUGCAAAAGGCAGAGACAGGAUCAGACCCUCGAAAUGGUGGGCAUCCCCCCACCCCGGCGGAUAGCGGUGCCGGUACUGGUGCGCGAUGGGAAGCCCUGCCUGGGGGAGUCUUCUCCCUACAGUUCACCGUACAAUGUCAGCAUUAACCCCUAUAGCUAUAACGCCUACCCCGCGUACACUAACUACAACAGCCCCGCCUGCAACGCCAACUACAACUGCAACUACCCGUCCAUGCAGACCAUGCAGCCCUCGGCGGCCGGCAACAACUUCAUGAACUUCAGCGUAGGGGACUUGAAUUCAGUGCAGACGCCCAUCCCGCAGGGGAACGCGGGGAUCUCCACGUUGCACGGGAUCCGAGCCUGGUAGAGCCGCCCCCGCACCCAGCCCGCUCCCCUCCGUGGACCGCGGCCACCGGCGAGACCCCGGCGCCGGGGAUGGAGGGGCUUCGGCCGCGCCUGCGAGCCGGUCUCGGGACAUUUUCAGGCUGCCGGGGGGAUGAGGACAGUUCCAUGUAGCAUCCCGGCAGAGUUCACUGGCGUGGCGGCCGGGGAGGUGUCCGGUGGUUGGUGCGGUGGCCGCGGUCCGUGCGGGGCCAAGUGGGCACCGCACCGGGGGGACUCGGCGCUUCCCGACCCCCCGCACUCCCCCUUCACCCUGGGGUCUUCGCCCCGCUGAUUCCGCUCCUUCCUUCCUACGAAGCAAGCGGUCAUUUCGCUUGACUAGCUCCCAACAACAGCUAGCCAAGCCCUGCAACUUUUUUUUCCCUUUUCUUUUCUUUUUUGCUCUAUACUAAUUAUUAUUAAGAUCCACAUUUAAUUUUUGCACUUCCCGUACGGUCCCCGCUGUCCGGCCGGUUCAGCACCUCGCCAGCACCCAGGUCCUCCCUUGCGAGGCCGCUAACGCCGGCCCCGGCUGCGCGGCCGGUGCCGGGGCGGGAGCGGGGCGGGCGGCGGCUCCCCCCCCAGUCGGGAUGAGGACAGACCCCCCACCACCCCAGCCGAGGAAUACAGACACCCCGACCCGCCAGGUCCCCGUAGGGUUAUGCACUAAACCGUGAGUUAGUACUGAAAUGCACUGUCCGCCCCUCGCCCGCCGCCCCGUCCGCGUUCCCCUUUGCUGUACGAGCUGACGGAGAUCAGCGAGUUGUCAUUAAAGAAGAGUGGCUGAACCUGG